UAAAAAAUCAAAAACCCAAACAAGACAACCCACCCCCAAACCCUGCCCAAAACACCUCCCAAGCUUUGGCUCCUCAGUUUUACUUUUAAAGGCUUUGCAGCUCAGCUCCAUUUCUUGUGGCCCAGCCUGUGCAAAAGCAGUUUAAUGGUAUCAAAAGGCCUUUGUAAAAGUGCUUCAUUAAAAAUACCUUUUAGGUGGUGCAGAGUUAAUGUUGAAUCGAGGUGCUGAGUAAACACACUCUGCAUUUUUUGCACUCUGUUGUUGGUGACCUGACACUCAAAAAGUGGUGAUUCCUCAUAAGUCUUGUAUAUCUCAGUAAAAUCAGUUUCUCUUUAGAGUUCCCCCCCUCUUCCAAGCACUUUGGAAUAAAAUCCUCACGAUGCCUUGCCUUCUGCCAUGGUACAGUUGUCAAAACUGCAUUUAAAGAGCCUUUCUUUGUCUGGUUUUGACAAAACUAAACCAAUAAAUACACACUUAAAAAUGGGUUUGCAUCUAUAAAAGACCAGAAGCAAGCUCAGGCACCUUCCAGAAAAAUUUAAUUUGAGCUGUGAAUUUCCCUUCAUUCCAUCCUUUUGGUGUUUCAGGGCACAUUUGAUGGUAGAUUUUCAGACAGUCAGUGCAGCUCUGCUCGUUUGUCAUCUUCUGUCUGGGCAGGGUUUCACUUAAUGGUGAAUGUGGCCUUUACUAAUGGGAUGUUUUAAAUCCCUAACUUCAUUUGUGAUUCUGGCCUUCACAAGGAAAUGCCACCAGUUCUUCAGAAGUGGAUUUGGCAGCAGCCUCAGCUUCCAUGUGUGAUUCAGGGGCAGGUCUGGUAUGAAAUGUUUUUCCGGAGGGAUGGAGCCCACACCGUGUGCUGCCUGGAGACCCCGGCCAUCUCCACACGGAAAACAAAAAAGAACAAGCAGAAAACUCCAGGCAUUGGGGAGGGCAGCAGCACCAGUGAGACUCCCCAGCCUCCCAGGAAGAAGAGGGCUCGGGUGGAUCCCACCGUUGAAAGUGAGGAAACGUUUAUGAACAGGGUUGAGGUGAAGGUGAAGAUCCCCGAAGAGCUGAAGCCGUGGCUGGUGGAUGACUGGGACUUGAUCACCAGGCAGAAACAGCUCUUCUACCUCCCUGCCAAGAAGAAUGUGGACUCCAUUUUAGAGGAUUAUGCAAACUACAAAAAAUCCCGAGGAAAUACUGAUAAUAAGGAAUAUGCUGUCAACGAGGUGGUGGCUGGCAUCAAGGAGUAUUUCAAUGUCAUGCUGGGCACUCAGCUGCUGUACAAGUUUGAGAGGCCCCAGUACGCCGAGAUCCUGGCGGAUCACCCUGACGCUCCCAUGUCCCAGGUCUACGGUGCCCCACACCUCCUGAGGCUCUUUGUGCGGAUCGGAGCCAUGCUGGCCUACACGCCCCUGGAUGAGAAGAGCCUGGCUUUGCUCUUGAACUACUUGCAUGACUUCUUAAAAUACUUAGCAAAGAAUUCCUCUGCGUUGUUCAGUGCCAGUGACUAUGAGGUGGCCCCUCCCGAGUACCACCGGAAAGCAGUGUAACCCCAUUUUCCAUGGAGCAAGGCUUGGGUCCUGCACCACUGCCCACUUCUGCAUCCUGUCCUUCACCUCCCCGUCACACAGCUCCUGUAAGCAUAAAGUGAAUAAAGUUGUGUGUGUGAAAUGGAACUGCCACCGAAGUCCGGAAGAUUUCUUGUUCUCCAGUGGAAUUUCUUGUCCCGACGUGGAAGCUCGGAGCUCCCGGGAGCUCCGUGGUGUUUCUGGCUGGGUGUUUGCAUCGCUGGGAUGUAGAGGAAUGUGUUCUGCUGUGUCAUUGUCUGAACUCCGUGCUCGUAGGGCUGCUCUCCCCAGAGGCUUGGCCUCACUAACCUGCUUUAUUCCAUAGUAAUGACAGACCCACGAGGGCUCUGUCACCUGUGUUGGUGCUAUUGACUGUCCCACUCACCCCAGUGACUUUUUGGUGUUGGAAGGUCAAUGUUUGGUUCAUAAAUGUCUGCUUUUCAUGGGGUAGUUGAAGGACUGUGAGGUUUUUUUUAUAUUCUAAUGAUAGGAAAAUGCAUUCUCAUCUCGUAGUGUUUGGAAAUGUUGGUUUUUCGCAGAGCUGUUUUACAGAUCUGCAAAUAAACUUUUUUAAUUUCAAAUGUG